AUGCCGCGGGGUCAGAAGAGUAAGCUCCGUGCCUGUGAGAAGCGCCGCCAGGCUAGAGAAGAGCUGCAGGAUCUGGUGGGUGCUCAGGCCACUGCAGCAGUGGGAGAAGUUUUCCACUCCCCUUCCUCUCUUUGUUUCAAGAGCUCACCUGCUGCUGGGUCAUAUAGCGUUUCCCAGGGUCCUCAGGGAGCCAUACCCACCAGCACUACUGCUGCAUCUGUUUCACACACAAGAUCAAAUGAAAGUGCUGACAACCAAGUGGAGGAAAGACCAAGAUCCUCCCAGGCUCAGCCCACCGCUGAGCCAUUCCCCAGAGGCCCGCUAGAUGAGAAGGUAGUUAAAUUGGUGCAUUACCUGCUGUACAAGUAUCAAAUGAAAGAGCUCAUUAGUAAGGCAGGAAUGCUGAGAAAUGUAAUUCAAAUGUAUAGGAAUCACUUUCAUGAGAUCCUCAAGAGAGCCUCUGAGCACUUGGAGCUGGUUUUUGGCCUUGACUUGAAGGAAGUGGAUCCCAACCGGCACAUCUAUGUCCUUGUGAACAAAUUGGAACUAAGUUAUGAUGCAAUGCUGAGUGAUGAUGGAGGGGUUCCCAAGACUGGCCUGUUGAUGACUAUUCUGGGUGUGAUCUUCACAAAGGGCAACUGUGCCGCUGAGGAGCAAGUCUGGCAAGUAUUGAAUGUGAUUGGGUUAUAUGAGGGGAUGGAGCACUUCAUUUUUGGGGAGCCCAGGAAGCUCAUCACCGAGGAUUUGGUGAAAGAAGAGUACCUGGAGUACAGGCAGGUGGCCAAUAGUGAUCCUCCACGCUAUGAGUUCCUGUGGGGCCCCAGAGCCUAUGCCGAAACCAGCAAGAUGAAAGUCCUGGAGUUUUUAGCCAAGGUUCAUUAUACCAUCCCUAGUGCCUUCCCAGCUUGGUAUGAAGAAGCUUUGCAAGAUGAGGAAGAAAGAGCACAAGCUAGAGCUGCAGCCAGGGCUCACACUGCAGCCAUGGCCAGUGCACGUGCCAGGGCCAUGACCAGUGCACAUUCUAAGGGCAUAACCAAUGAGCACUCCAGGGCCAUGACCAAUGUGCAUUCCAGGGCCAUAGCCAGUGUGCGCUCCAAGGCCACACAGACAAUUCCUCCCACCCCUAAUAAAGUCUGA